AUGUCCGAAAUAUCAUGGGACCAUCUUCCGACCACGUUCCAGGAUGCCGCCACCAUCUGUCGACUUAUGGACGUUCGCUACAUUUGGAUCGACAGCUUGUGCAUCCUUCAGGAAUUCGAUGGAAUCACCUCUGACGAGUUUGACACAACGAGGCAAGAUUUCGCAAACGAGAACGCGAUGAUGGCGCAGACUUAUCGAAACUCUCAUUUCACCAUCUCGGCCGACAUGUCAACCAACAUGGACAGCGGCAUGUUCUCUACGAUGCCUAUCGAUUGCCAGCGAAUUGACUUUUCAGGUUCCACGAAAACUAUAUGUUUCAGAACUUCAGUGGACCAUGACGAGAAGGAGCCACCGGAACUCGAGACACGGGGUUGGACAUUUCAGGAGUUCCUGCUUCCCUCUCGCGUCCUACACUUUGGACCAUUCGACGUCGAAUGGAGGUGUCGAGAAAGACACACCUGCGAGUGCGGCAAAAUGGAUCUCAAGAACGGAAGACGGUCUCCAUGGCACCGGCGUCAUACAUUGGCUGAAAUAGCUGCCAACAUUCCCGAGAACGAAAGUAAAGCGCUAGUGUGGUGGGAGGAAGUCGUGUACGCGUAUACUCAGCGAGAUCUAACAAACGCAACUGAUAAGCUUCCAGCCCUCUCCGGGAUGGCCCAGCUAUACCGGCAGGGGUGUCAGGAUACCUAUCUGGCCGGCCUCUGGAAAGGCUCCCUUUUGCAUGAUCUCUGCUGGCACUACACGAAGAAAGACGGCCUCGCAGGGUCCGGCGGGGUUGGUUGCAGACCUGCGCAGUAUCGCGCACCAUCAUGGUCCUGGGCUAGCCUUGAUAUCAAAUCUAGGUGCUGCUUUUGGUGGGUAGGACGAACAGAGACCCAUCCCCGGCCGUCUGUUGACGUGCCAGUUCCAGUGUGCAAGAUAUUCGAGGCUUUCUGUCAACCAACAACGGCUGACCCGACGGGUGAAGUGUGCUAUGGCUUCCUCGAUAUAGAGGCGGCACUUAUCUCUGCGAAAAUCGGCCCUCGUCACUGGAAUCCAUAUACCGAGGUGGAAAAGCCCUGGACAAUCGACAGAAUUGACACUAACCUGUCCAUUUCCUUCUUCAAGCCUGAUUGCGCACCUGUGGACGACGAUCUCUCCAUCGGGGGACAAAUAUUUUGUGUGCCAAUUCUGGAAGCGGUCUCCCGGACCGGAUUGGAAAGGGGCUGUUUGGUGUUAAAGAAGCUAUAUACAAACCAGUACCAGAGAAUUGGCUUCUGUGUCCUGAACGCGGGAAAGCCCAAGACAUACUCAUGGGAGUCGCACCUUCUAGCCGACGGCAAUUCAAAUUUCAAUGCGCAGGACUACGCACUCCCGGAUAAAAAGGCACGGAUCAUAAUUAUCUAA